CUCUGGUUCCUUUUUAGGUAGCUUGAUCUACCCCAGCUCUUAGGUUUCGCCUACAUUCCUGGGAUGCUCUGGAAAGUAGCAUGUACUCCAUCAGAAGGAACUGGUUUUUGACUCUGGACCUACUACUACUGUCUCUCCUGGUGACUAGCAUGCAAGCAGAUAGUUCAGAACUGGAGAAGAUUGUGCUAUCUGGCAGCAACGUGACUCUGCAAAUCUCUGAAAGCCUACCAGAAAAUGCCACCUCUGUAACUUGGCUCUACACCAUCAAACAGAAGAUUGUAGAAUAUGAGCAAAGCAGACCUCCUAAAUACUUCGAUUCUGCAUUUAAGGACAGGGUCAAACUUGAUCUUCAAAAUGCUGCACUGCACAUCUAUCAGGUCCGAAAAGGAGACAACGGUACCUAUUACUUGAGAGUGAUUAAGGAUGAAAUCAAACAGUGGAAGAUAUCCUUGAAGGUGCUUGACCCGGUACCCACGCCUACCAUAAACAUUGAGAAGAUAGAAGAAUCGGAUGGCAACUGUUAUCUAAAACUAUCCUGUGUGGUAGAGGACCCGUUUGUGGACUACCUUUGGUAUAAGGACUCAGGCCCCUUUCCCAUGGAACUCCAGAGAAGUACACUUGAAGUCACUGUGACGCCACACAACCAAUCCAAGUCAUAUACCUGUCAAGUCAGCAAUCUUUUAAGCAGCAAGAAUAAUACACUUUACUUCACUCCACCCUGUACUCUAGCUAGAUCCACUGGAGUAACAUGGAUGACAAGUUGGCUUCUGGUCAUGGUGCCCACUAUUCUUGACCUCCUACUUAUCUGAGAUCACCUCUGCUGAUUCAAGAGUGGAACUUCAAGGCCAGAGGAUUGUUCAAUAAUAUUCUUAACCAGAACAGGAGUUCUGGUUAUGUGGAACUGGUGUGUUGUUGAAGCACCCAUGAGAAUUUUAACUUAACUUUAAAAAAAUGUGGCUGUUAUUAUAUUUUAUAUCCCCUAGUUAUUUUCUAACAUCGCACAAAUAUGUUAAUGUAUUCUCUCCACCCCAAAUCCCAAAUUCUAAGGUUUUUUAAAGAGCUGCUUGCUUGCUUGCUUUUUUUUCUUCCUUCCUUCCUUCCUUCCUUCCU